AUGGCCCCAAUUAUUCACUGCGUUCGCCAUGCCCAAGGUCUGCACAACCUUUGCACUGAAAACCACGUCAUCCAAGACCCUUUACUCACUGACCUUGGGCAUGAGCAAUGCCAAACGCUUCGCGAGAAUUUCCCCCGCCAUGCCAAUAUCGACCUGGUGACAGCCUCGCCCCUCCGUCGCACCCUCUAUACUGCGCUUGAGAGUUUUGCGCCAGUUUUUGAGUCAAAGCCGGACUUGAAGAUCAUUGCCCUGCCUGAUAUUCAGGAGAUCUCGGAUGUGGCAUGUGAUACUGGCAGCGAACCUUCUGUUCUGAAGGAGGAAUUCAAAACAGGAGUUGAUCUGGAUCUCGUGGAAGAGGGGUGGAAUAACAAGCUCGGAGAUUGCCUCAAAAUUAUCCAUCACGUGGUGUACUCACAUUUGUCUGUCACAAAGGUAUCCGGUCGCUACGCCCCAGCCAACCAAGCCCUCAAGCAACGUGCUCGUGCAGCCCGUCGCUGGCUGAAAGCCCGCCCAGAGAAGGAAAUUGUCAUGGUCACGCACGGUGGCUUCUUGCACUAUUUCACUGAAGACUGGGAAGAUAACAGUCAGUUCCAGGGCACUGGCUGGUCUAACACAGAGUACCGCACUUUCUCUUUCACCGAGGAAAAACACACAGACGAUCUGGAGGGAUACCCACUGGAUGGCGAUAAUGCCUCACUUGAGGAGACAAGUGACUCACGGCUGCGCCGGGGUAAGACUGGGCCUGUGCCUAGCCGGGAAGAACAGAAGAUGCUAUAUAAGAAGGGCAUCCAGGGCUGGGGUGACCAGGGAUUGCAAAUGAGCAUUGCUGAGCGGGAGGCGGCUAAGGCCACUGGAGGUGAGGAAGUCAAUGGGGUCCGGGUAUGA